AAAUACUUCCUGCUUCCUGAAUCAUCUCACCAAGGGUUUCUCCACAUAAUCUAUGCGGUGGUUGACUUCAGUGUUUUUCUUGCAGAUUCUGAUAUUUAUGAGUUAUCAUGGCUACUACUACUUCAGCUGCGGUUACAGAACCUCCUGGAUUAGAGACUCAACGCAAAGAAAUCGAGUCUUUACUUCAGGAACAUGAACUCCGUGCAGGGGAUACUUGGUACCUGGUGGAGAGGCGAUGGUAUGAGCAGUGGAAGGAGUAUGUGGAAACAGGAGACCAGAACUCCUCUUCUUUCCCUGGACAGAUUGACAACACAGAGCUGUUUGAGGAACUGGAUUCCUACCAUCUGAAGGAGCGUCUAGUGGAGAAUGAGGACUUUGUGUUGAUCCCUGCUGAAGCAUGGCAUAAGCUUCUGGCCUGGUAUGGCAUGGUAGAGGUCCAGCCUGCCCUGGAGCGGAAGGUGGUGGAUCUGCCCAGCCUAGUCAAGGUUGAGGUCUACCCUGUGGAAAUCUUCUUGUGCCUCCAUAGCAACAUGGAAAAUGUUGUGACGGCACAGUUUAGCCGUGCAGAUCACAUCCAUACGAUUCAGAAGGUGAUGAUGAAGCAGUUUGAUGUGGUGGAGGGGGCAGAGACCCGGCUGUGGAUGAAGAGCUCAGACACCAGCUGUGAGAGGCUGAGGAAUGUCCACGUCAGAGUCCUCGACUCCUGCCUCAGCUCUGGCAUGACGGUGAUCAUGGAGAUGAGGAAUGCAGAUGGUACCUGGCCCAGCUCCAGACCGCAGAUCAUGAGGAACUCUGUGGAGGAGCAGGACUCUUACCGGGGCCAGCCAGGAGUCUGUGGCCUCACCAAUCUGGGAAACACAUGUUUCAUGAACUCUGCACUGCAGUGUCUCAGUAACACUCCUCCACUGACGGAGUACUUCCUGAGGAAUGCCUAUCUGGAGGAGCUCAACUUCACCAACCCCCUGGGCAUGAAGGGGGAGAUCGCAGAGGCCUACGCUGACGUCAUCAAACAGAUGUGGUCGGGGAGGCACUACUCUGUGGUUCCCAGGAUCUUCAAGACCAAGGUUGGUCACUUUGCCUCCCAGUUUCUGGGCUACCAGCAGCAUGACUCCCAGGAGCUGCUCUCCUUCCUGCUGGACGGGCUUCAUGAGGAUCUCAAUCGGGUCAAGAACAAGGAGUACAUCGAGCUGAGGGAUGCCGCUGGCAGGCCUGACCAGGAAGUGGCAGAGGAGGCAUGGCGUAACCACCGGAGACGGAACAACUCCGUGAUUGUUGACACCUUCCACGGCUUGUUCAAGUCCACCCUGGUUUGCCCCGAGUGCCGCAAAGUGUCUGUCACCUUUGACCCCUUCUGCUACCUGAGCGUUCCCUUGCCUGUUAGCAAGGACCGGGUAAUGGAGGUAUUCUUCGUCUCUCUGGAUCCUGUGGCCAAACCUGUUCAGCAUCGCUUGGUUGUACCCAAAGCGGGCAAAGUGUUUGACCUGUGCUCCGUUCUCUCGGAAAUGACCGAAAUCCCAGCCAAUCAAAUGGUUGUGGCCGACGUGUUCAACCAUCGCUUCUAUAAGCUGUACCAUGCUGAUGAGUCUCUAAGCUGCAUCCUGGACCGGGAUGACAUAUUUGUGUAUGAGCUGAACAGAGGCUCUGUGGAGGAGGAGGGGGAUGAGGUGGUGCUGGCUCUGUACCUGAGGGAGCGCUCCCACUACAGGGACUACGGCUCAGGGAGCAGCAGCUACGGGACGUCCCUUUUCGGACACCCACUGCUCAUGACCGUGCCUCGAGGCCAGUGCAGCCGCGACGCCCUCUAUCAUCUCUUCCUGCAGCGGCUAGCGCGGUAUGUCCGACCACCAGAUCCCUCAGAGGAGGUGGAGGAGGAGGAUGAGGAGGAGGGUGAAGAUGAUGAUGACGACGAUGAGGAGGAAGAAUUGUACAAGACCCAGACCAAUGGUGUCAGCUACGAUGACGGCGAGAAUGACUGUGAGAGGCCAGAACCCUCCAAGAGAGAUCACUGUUGUGAUGGUGUCGGCCAAGGGCCUGCUGUGACCCAGACUCAGCCAGACCAGACCCAGGAGUCUGGAGGAGAGGCACAAGCUGACGAGGGGGCCAGCGGUGAGGUCAGGGCAGGGUGCAGCACAGAGGAUAGUGCCUCGGCAUCCUGCAGUGCUGGAGCCAGUGGUGGUGCUGGAGCCAGUGGUGGUGCUGGAGCCAGUGGUGGUGCUGGAGCCAGUGGUGGUGCUAGUGUUGAUGCCAGUGCUACAGGCCCAACAGACAGCCAGCAGGGUGCAGGCCACCAGCAGCAGCAGCCAUGUGAGGAGGAGGAGGAGAGGGGUGAGUGCCCCCCCUGCCUGCCACAGGCCAACGAGAGGCAGGCAAAGAGAAAGGGCUGCGAGGCCAGACGGAGGAAGCUGCUCUUCUCCAUCCAGGCGGUCAACUCCAACGGCACCACAGAGAGAGGCAUGGGAGAGGACGGCAGUGCCUUCUCUUUUAGCUCUCAACCAUAUGUAGCCAUGGACUGGGAUCCUGAAAUGAAGAAGAAAUACUACAACGAGAAUGAGGCAGAGAAGUAUGUGAAACACCAAAGCAUGGAGGUCCCUCACCAGCAGACCACAGUGCAGCUGCAGGAGUGCAUAGAGCUCUUCACCACUGUGGAGACCCUGGAGGAAGAAAACCCUUGGUACUGCCCAAUGUGUAAGAAACACCAACUGGCCACAAAGAAACUUGACCUGUGGUCACUGCCGGAGGUUCUCAUCAUCCACUUGAAGCGCUUCUCUUACACCAAGUACUCCAGGGAGAAGCUGGACAUCAUCGUUGACUUCCCUCUCAGACACCUCGACUUUUCAGGUUGUCUGCUGAAGAAGACCGGUACAAACGGAGAGCCGCCCAGCCGAUAUGAUCUGAUAGCAGUAUCCAACCACUACGGCGGACUCAGAGAUGGACAUUACACCAGUUAUGCCCGGAACAAAGACAACGGACAAUGGUAUUACUUCGAUGACAGCAAGGUGACAUAUGCAAGGGAGGAACAAAUUGUGACCAAUGCUGCCUACCUCCUGUUCUACCACCGACAAGAUAAGAUUCGCCAGCCCACCUUACCCGCCCCCUUGGACAGCUCCUCUCCCACCCAGCCUGCUGAUGAUGUCACUUCCCCCAAACACGAUGGGAUGGAGGGAGCCACUCCCUGUGUCAACAUGGAAACAGACUGAAGCAGAUUUGUUAGUGUUUUUUUCUCUUUUUCUUGAGUUGAUGGGGCUUUUUGAUUUUGUAUUGUUUUAUUUCUUUUCUAUUCCAAAAAAACUUGAACCUUCUUCCUCUGUUCUGCAUUGAACAAGGAGUGAGAGGCUAGAUUCUCAGGCCGGUGGAGAAGAGUGAGGAAUACAAUUUAUUCUUUUUUUAAAUUUAAUUAUUUUGGAAAUAUUAUCGAGUAAAUCUGGGGAGACCAAUAUAGUACAACAUUGAAUGAUGAAAUCUGUCAUUGCUUAAUCAGACUAAGGUAUGCAGUGUUUGUCUAUGCUGAUGCCAAAUGGACCUCUUAGUGAUUGGAUAUAGUCAAUCAUAAUUUAGGUGAUUCAAGACCUAUGAAUUGUGAAUAUCUGUGCACCACUAUCUAUCUGUACUGUGAUGCACUGCUGGAAAGAUGACCUCUAACUUUGAUCCACUGCUGUGCUUCUCAAUUGAGCUCAAAUCGAGGCAGAUUUCCUUGAGGCUGUUUGAAUAGAAUUUAACGCAUUUUGCUCUAGAAGGUAAAUCACAAUGUAUGAGGUUAAAGGCCCAGUGCAGUCAAAAACUUGAUUUCCUGGGUUUUAUAUAUUUCCUCAUUAUGAGGUUGGAAUAAUACUGUGAAAUUGUGAAAAUUAUGCCCUUUUGGUGUAAGCUGUUUUGAAAAGAAGACCUGAAUUUCAGCUUGUUUUGCAUGGGUGGAGUUUUGGCAUGCCUGGUGACAUCACCGGGCAUUAUAAGUUAGACCAAUAACAGAGUUUCAAACCUCCCUACCAAUAAUGGCUAGUUUUCAGGAUACAUAUCCCUCCAACUAUGGCGCGUUCAAUACAACUCGGAAAUAUCUGACUUCAGUGCCUUCAAGACAACUGAGAACUCUGAGAAGAAGAAAAACCCUGACUGGUAAAAAUAGUUUUGAACGGUCAUCCACCUCGGAAUUCCGAAUCGGAAACUGUGGCAUCUUUCUAGAACUCCGACUGUCUGAUCACUGACAUCAUGAUUUGACCUCGCCCCUCCAUUUAAAAAAAUAAAUACAAAAUAAAAUCACAGUAAGGUACUUAACUGUUACACAGAAAUGAUUUGAUAUUCAGAUCAUAACAGCUGCAUUGAAGGGAAAAUCCACUCAAAAGCUAUCUUUUGGCAUUUUUCCAUUAGUCUGCUGUUGAUACAGCAAAAUGCAUCAUCAUGAUGAUGUGGUCAGUGACACUUUGCUUCUUGAAUGUCCAAUAUCUUGAAAACUUGACUGCUGACAUGGAAAACAUUUUGUGACUGUGUCAACAGUGUACUAUUGAAAAAUAUACCAAAAUAUAUAUAUUUUUUUGGAGUGGAUUUACACUUUAACAGCAUGGAUAACCUGGUUUCAGUUAACUCCUGAUUUUAAAAUCAGAUUACAUUCUCUGUUAUCUUUAUAUCAAGAACUGCAUUAACCAAAACACUGCAAUGUGAUUUAUAUGGAACAUAAAGGUAAAGAAAACCCAUAGUAUUAGAAGCAGACACUUUGAAUACAGUUGGAGGCGCCGUGGCGUUGUAUAUUUUCUCUUGCGAUCCAUUAUUUGUUUUUCAUUGAAUUAUCAGACACAUAAAUUGGGCAUCUUGGUGCUCGUGGAGAUAUUUCAUUUCUAGUUAGGAUUAGUUUUCCACUAUCAACAGUGAUUUUGAGAUAAUCUCUGGUGCAGGACAUAAACAGAUGCAUAUUUUUCGGAUUCAAAUAUAAUUUGUACUCUCUUAGUAGAAGCAAAUAAAUGGCUACAUCUUUAAAAUUAGAUAUUAGUUUUAUUUUAUUCUGUGCAAUUUCUUAAUGACGAGCAAUGGAUAGAGAGCUCUUAAAUGAUUUUUUAAAGCGCAUCUGUACAGUAUUUUUCUAUUGUAAUAAAUGUAUUGUCUUUGGUCAUCUGAUUCAGAGACAGGGGCGGGGUGAAUUAAUUUACUUUGUUAAUAGAUUAAAUAUUUUAUUGUAUACUCAUCUUUUGAUAUUAAUAAAUGAUGACUAUAGCCAGUAGGCAUGAGGUAGAUUUUACACUUUUACAUGACAUCCUGGCUUUCCUUAUCUUUUUUACCAGUAAAUGAUCAGGAUUUAUAAUUCGAUCUAAGGUGGCUGUGAGAGCUGGUUAACACAAGCCCUUUAGAGAUGUAGUUUAGAUUGGGCUGUGGCCAUGCUCUGAAUGGCAAGGCCUGCUUAGUUUGGGAUGUUCAUUAUUUCCCUGAGAAAGCAAUAUGCAGUAUGUAGUUGUCAAUAUGCAGUUUAUAGAAACUGGAGCGGAAGGCCAUUAUACUGCCUAAAAACCUGUAAAAGGUCAAUCUUCAUAUUUUUGUUUGUUAGAAUCACAUUGCUACAAUAUGUUCAGGCACAAAAGGUCAGCACACACAAGGUUAAUGCCAGCCAGCCUGACUACACAAUUAUCUUAUUCACCAACACCCGUUUGGUCUGAAAUUGCUGUUCAAAACAUAAAGCCAUUUUGUACGAUGGAGUGACCGCAAUGAUUAUAUUCUUGUAUCAACACACGAUUGGUGAUGCUGCAGUAAAUGUCUGGGCUUUUAGUGGGAACAGAGGCACUCUCCAAGGUAGUUUAGUGUUUUCUGAGCGAUCUGGAAGAGGCCAAGCUGCCAUCCCAAACAUAUUCCUUGGUCCUCCAGAACUACUUAACAUCCAGUACGAUACAUGAAUGUCCACAUUUAGGAUGUUGCAGUGCACUGAAUACUGUACCCCCUUUCUUAUAGGUGAAGUUUUCAUAUUCAUACGUUAAUGAAAAUGGGCAUUUCACACCUGCAUCAUCUUCCCUUCUGUUCCAACGUUGCUUUGACACAAUGCAGUGAAGUUGCUACUUUGCGAUGAGUAUGUAAAAUAAAAUGUCUGAUUCAUUCUUA